AUGGAUAGUGUCAGACAACAAUCAUCUGCUUCCACUUCUUCCACACCCUCCUCCUCUGCUGCUGCACAAACGAGCGUUGGUGCUGAUCUAACUUAUGUUCCAUACUCUUCCGAAUUACAACUUCCUGGAAUCAUGAGCUUAAUCGAGAAUGAUUUAUCUGAACCUUACUCCAUAUAUACCUAUCGUUAUUUUAUAAACAAUUGGCCUAAUUUAUGUUUUAUGACAAUGGAUCAGAACAAGUGCAUUGGAGUUAUAAUUUGUAAGCUGGAUCAACAUCGCGAGGCUUUACGUGGUUAUAUUGCCAUGUUGGCCCAUUUCAUAGGAUCUACGUUGGUGAGGAUGUCUAUAAAUGCCAUGAAAGAACAAGACGCUGACGAGAUUGUGCUUGAAACAGAAUAUACCAACCUUGGGGCACUUUCACUAUAUCAUAAUUUAGGAUUCAUUAGAGAUAAACGAUUGUAUAGAUAUUAUCUUAAUGGAGUGGACGCAUUUCGUUUGAAAUUAUUUUGCAAAGGCGAACGAGUCGUUAAUGACUUAUUUAUUGUAGUGAUACAUGCGGACACAACAGAUUUUACAGAAGAAAGCAAAACAAAUGUUGAUAUGUAUAUCUGUCAUCCGACUGGCGAAUGUGAGCCCUGUGAAGUACUCGAAACGAAAACCGAAAAAUAUUGUGAUGAAUAUGGUAAUAAAGAACCCGUUGAGUGUCAUUAUGUUCUUGAUGAUCAAUCAUCCGGGAAUGACACUUAUCCAAAUCGAGGUCCUCUACCGGAGUUUCGAUCUUGCAAAAGAGUCAAAAGAUUCGAGAGAACAAAAUACUUUGAAUUCCAGUUUAUCAAUUUCUUUGUCGCGGGUACGUCAUGUUCAAUAUUGCUAUGGAGAAGAAAGAAGCUUGCGGAAGAUGGAUAUAGAAGAUUGGCGAGAAGGAUAAGGGGCAACACUUUAUGA